AUGUCGUGCCCUCGCCCCGCCGCCCCCCCGCCGCCCCUGCACGUGGCCGCCCGCGCCGUGCCCACCAAGCCGGCACGCCCUCGCUGCGCGUCCGACCUGCCGCUCGGCCGCGUCUCCUCCCGCCCGCCUGCGCCGCCCGGCCUCACCGACUCCCCGAAGGCGGGCUUGACGUGUCCCUCGGAGCCCCCGGGAGAGCCCACCGAGGCUCCGAAGUCCGCCUCCGACAUGCCCUUCGACCUCUCCAAGGCCAGCCGCGAGGCCUCCGUCGGCUCGGCGUCGCGGCCGCUCGACCUCUCCGACUGCGACCAGCCCCUCGACCUCAGGGUGGACUUCAAGAAGCGGCGGACGGUCGCCGACGAGAACAUGAACCUUGUCCUGAGCCCCGGCCGCGCCUCGCCCCCGGACGCCGGCCUGGAGCUCCUUCGCGGCCCUCCUCUUCCUUCGGCCUCGUGCUCCGUCAGGCCGGAAUCCCCCGCGCCCCUCGAGCGGUCUCCAGGACGCCUUCCCGAGUGCCCGAGCCUCUCGUACCCCGUCCACGCCUCCCUGGCAGCCGAGACUCCCCUGGCCCUCCUGUACCCCCGCCCGCUGCCCCCCUCCUCGCUGCUGGGCUUCCCUUCGCUGCCCGCGCCCCCUCGCCCUCCCCCGCUCUUCGAGGCGUUUCGGGAGCGCCGCACUUCGGGGGGCGCCGCCCCGGGCAUGGCGGCGACGGGGCCGCACAAGCCGCGCGAGCGCUACGCGUGCAAGUUCUGCGGCAAGGUGUUCCCGCGCUCGGCCAACCUGACGCGGCACCUGCGGACGCACACGGGCGAGCAGCCGUACAAGUGCAAGUUCUGCGAGCGCUCGUUCAGCAUCUCGUCCAACCUGCAGCGCCACGUCCGCAACAUCCACAACAAGGAGAAGCCGUACAAGUGCCGCCUCUGCGACCGCGCCUUCGGCCAGCAGACCAACCUGGACCGCCACUUCAAGAAGCACCAGAGCGACGGCCCCACCAUCCUCGACGGCGCCGUCCACCGUCACCACCGCCGCCUCCUGCUGCCCCGCCCGCCACCCGACCUCUGGGGCUCCGGGACCUCGCUGCUCACGCCCUCGUCUCUGUCCCAGACCUUCUCGCUCGCGCCCUCGCCGCCCGCCUCGCCGCCGCGGGACGAAGACGAGGAGGAGGAGGACAUCGACGUGGAGAACGAAGACGAGACCGAGGAGGAGCUGGAAGUGGGAGAGGAAGACCCGGCGGAGGGCCAGGCCGGUCGGAGGCCGGGCGAGGGCGAGCCGGAGGCGGGCGAGCGCGAGCUAGAGGUCGAGGAGGAGGGUCAAGAAGGAGGCGACGAGGACUCUGAGGCCGGAGAGGAGGACCACAGAGUGUCCUUUGAGGUGACCAUCACGCCCGCGCAGCCGCUGGAGGGCGAGAGGUCAUCGCCGUCGGCCAGCGGAGAAAAAAUGGUGCAGGUGUGA